AUGGCGCUGGACGACGUCGCACGGCCGCUGGGCGCGGAGCGCGCGGGCGAUCAGACGGUGUGGCGCGACGCCGAUGCCGCGCUCGCCGCCGCUUGCGCCGAGCUGCAGUCGGGCGAGUUACUGCAUGGCGAAUCUUUCAGUCUCUUCGAAGCCAUGGCCGCCCUCCAGAUGAUGGAUCCCAAGAUGGACGCAGGCAUGGGGGGGGCCAAGGGGGGAGGCGGGGGGAAAAUCGGGGGGGAAGGAGGGGGCGCAGAGGGGGCGAGGGGGGAGGUGGAGAGUGUGGGGGAGGCGAUGGAGCGAGGGCUGCUGCCGCUGCCUCUGCCAGCGCACCGCAUUGUGGACCUCUCGAGGGGGGAGGUGGAGAGUGUGGGGGAGGCGGUGGAGCGAGGGCUGCUGCCUCUGCCAGCGCACCGCAUCGUGGACCUCUCCCCCUCCCGCUCCUGUCCUCUGUCAGCCCAUUGCAUCGUGGACCUUUGUAACGCACUGCUGUGUGCUGAGGUGUGCUGUUUGCAAUUGUCCUGCUGCCCUGCAAAACGCUGUGCUGCUGGUGCCCCCCCGUGCCGUCUCCUUCCCCGCUUCCUUCUUCCAAUCCUCGCCACUCCCACUGCCACGUGGCACAGCGGUCACAGCCUACCCCAAACCGUAUUCACCUGCGCCUACCUGCUGUUGCCCCCGCUCGCCGCCCCUCCCGCCUGCACGCCCUCCCCCUCCCCCUCCCUCUCCUCCUCGCCGCUGCUGUUGGCGCUGCUGUCCGCUGUCCUCGCCAGUGUCAACAGUGUUCGCUCCGCUGCAUGCUGGACACACCAGCGUGAGCGUGCGAUCUGCCGCCUGCUGGACGCACCAACGCGAGGUGAGUCGCUCACUGCCCUUGCAGUAUGCCCCUGCGUGUGUGCUGCUGGCGCUGCUGUCUACCGUCCUCGCCAGUGUCAACAGCGUGCGCUCCGCUGCCUGCUGGGCACACCAACGCGAGUCUUUCCUCAGCCCCCUUUUACCCUAGCCCUCCUCUUCUUGCCCUCCCAGUCGGGGGCCUGCCUCUGGAGGGACGAGCGUAAUUUUUCACACCCCCCCCUAUUCCCCCUCUAA